AGCACGCCGCGUCGGCUUGGAGGCGCUCAGUCCCCCUGGAGUGUGUGUGGGAGGAGGAGUAAGAAGUUUCUCCCACCGCCCCCAAAAGGCACGCUCAUUCUCAGAAACGCUGAUACUCGGAAGGAAAAAAGACGAUGCCUGGCGACCCUCGCUCACACUCGCACCGUGGACGCUGGAUUUGCUGACAUUAUUACAAGUCAAGUUCUUCAACGUGGCCGUGCAGAGAUUUUCGAGUCGGAGGAUGCUCCCACAGGUCAUACGGAUCCUUUACGUCUUGUCGUUUUGCUUUUUCCAGGGAGGCUUUAUCAGAUUGAGCUCCUGCAAGGAGGAGAUAAAGCCCUCUGGCAGGGCACCACAACACUCGCCUUCCGACUUCCUGGACAAGCUCAUGGGACGAACGUCGGGAUACGAUGCCCGCAUCAGACCCAACUUCAAAGGCCCACCCGUGAAUGUCACCUGCAAUAUUUUCAUCAACAGCUUCGGCUCCAUCACGGAAACCACCAUGGACUACAGGCUCAAUGUAUUCCUACGACAAAAAUGGAAUGACCCCCGUCUGGCGUACAGUGAAUACCCGGACGACUCGCUGGAUCUGGAUCCAUCUAUGCUGGACUCCAUCUGGAAGCCUGAUUUGUUUUUUGCCAAUGAAAAGGGCGCCAACUUCCAUGAAGUCACCACUGACAACAAGCUACUUAGGAUUUUCCAAGAUGGCAGCGUUCUGUACAGCAUCAGGCUGACUCUCAUCCUUUCCUGCCCCAUGGACUUGAAGAAUUUCCCCAUGGACAUUCAGACAUGCACCAUGCAGCUUGAGAGCUUCGGCUACACCAUGAAUGACCUGAUCUUUGAGUGGCUUUCUGAGAAUCCCGUCCAAGUAGCCGAUGACCUCACCCUGCCCCAGUUUGUGCUUAAAGACGAGAUGGAUUUGGGCUACUGCACAAAGUAUUACAACACAGGUAAAUUCACCUGCAUAGAAGUUAAGUUCCACCUGGAGCGCCAGAUGGGCUACUACUUGAUCCAGAUGUACAUCCCUUCGCUCCUCAUCGUCAUCCUCUCGUGGGUGUCCUUUUGGAUCAACAUGGACGCCGCCCCCGCCAGAGUGGGCCUGGGAAUCACCACUGUACUCACCAUGACCACACAGAGCUCCGGCUCACGGGCCUCCUUGCCAAAGGUGUCCUACGUGAAGGCCAUUGACAUUUGGAUGGCGGUGUGUCUUCUGUUUGUGUUCGCCGCCCUACUGGAGUACGCAGCGGUCAACUUUGUCUCCAGGCAGCACAAAGAGUUCAUUAGGCUGAGGAAAAAGCAGCGGCAGGAAAGAAUCGAACUCGCCCAACUGAAAGGGAGUGUCGAGUCGUUGCGGAACGUGAACGUCAUUCCUGCUAGCGAUACCACCUGCAGGAAUGUGACUGAGCACUGCAACGCCUGUAUCAGGGAUGAGGAGAUGUUGCGGGAGAGCCGUGGUUUCUAUUUCCGUGGUUACGGCCUGGGCCACUGCAUGCAGUCCAAAGAUGGCAGCGCCGUGGAGGCGCCCACUGUCUUCGGCCCACAGCGUCCCGUGACGGUGCACGACGGCGAGUUCCUCCACAAGCGCUUCGUGGACCGGGCCAAGCGUAUCGACACCAUCUCCAGAGCCGUCUUCCCAUUAAGCUUCCUCUUCUUCAACAUCUUCUACUGGGUCACAUACAAAGUGCUGCGGCACGAGGACAUCCAUGCCAACUUGUAAAGGGCGUCUACCCUUCUAUGGAUUUUGCCAGGAUUUGCCUCUAUUGCGGCGAGGAGCGGCAGCGCUCCUUUUGGAACUGGUCAUGAUCGUUGCACUCCAGAGCGUCUCCGGGUUCUCGAGAGUUUUCCAAGCCAAAAUAAAAAAAUAUUUAACUGAGUGGUUUCAGGCUGAAGCUUUUGCUUCAGGUUAGAUUCCACUGGCUGAUCCUUGGCGGCGAUGUCAUCAAGUGAGGACUGAUGAGACUUGAAUUUCAACACUUUGUGUAUCUGAAUGUUUUCCAAAAUUCUAACAACGGUGACUUUUUCUAUAUUUUACGUUCUACAGGCAAGGGUGUCUGAAAAAGGUCUUUGAUAUUUACAAGUAUUCUGUAAGUGGUGAUUUUAGCUACUUGUAAUGAGAUUAUAUACAUAGAUAUAUUGACAUUGUAUAAAUUGUAAAAUAAUAAAAGAAGCCGUGACAGAACCGCACAAAAAGGUUUUCAUGUCAAGUCAAAAUAAAUAUUUUUUUUCUGCUUGGA